CCCCCGCUGUGGACGCUCUAACAGUCCACUGCCUCGUAUUUAGCCCCUCUCUCCCUGCCUUUUUCCCCAUUCAAAAGCGUUGAGCUACAAGAAGAAUAUAGAGUAAAUAAACACUACUCAAUUUCAAUUUUUUUUCCUGCUCGAAUUCCUGUUACUCGCACGAAUUCGAAGACAAGGAGCAAGAUGCAUUCAACUCACUUGCUGCUCGAGGAGCCAAUCCGGAUGGCCACCAUCCUCGAGCCAUCCAAAGCGAGUUUCUUCCCUGCUAUGACGAAGAUCGUUGGGACGCUUGGCCCGCGCUCUAAAUCCGUCGAAGUUAUUUCCUCCUGCCUCAAGACUGGAAUGUCCGUUGCAAGAUUUGAUUUUUCAUGGGGGGACGCGGAUUCUCACCAGGAGACUUUGGAGAAUCUGAAGACUGCUAUCAAGAGCACUAAGAAGCUAUGUGCUGUUAUGUUAGAUACGGUGGGUGCUGAAAUGCAAGUUGUUAACAAACGCGAGACAUCUAUAACGCUCAAAGCCGAAGACAAGGUUAUUUUGACUCCUGAUCAAGGUCAAGAAGCAACAUCUGAUGUUCUGCCGAUCAACUUCCCUGGAUUGGCCAAGGCUGUGAAGAAGGGAGACACCAUUUUUGUUGGUCAAUACCUAUUCACGGGAAGUGAGACUACUUCUGUUUGGCUUGAGGUUGAUGAAGUAAAGGGUGAUGAUGUGGUUUGUGUUAUCAAGAAUUCUGCAACCUUGGCAGGAUCGCUAUUUACAUUGCAUGCUUCACAAAUUCGAAUUGAUCUGCCUACUCUAUCUGAAAAGGACAAGGAGGUUAUCAGUACUUGGGGUGUUAAGAAUAAAAUAGAUUUUCUUUCGCUAUCAUACACGCGCCAUGCAUCGGAUGUCCGUGAGGCCCGUGAAUUUCUGUCUAAGCAUGGUGAUCUGAGUCAGACUCAAAUAUUUGCUAAAAUUGAAAAUGUAGAGGGUUUAACCCAUUUUGACGAGAUCCUACAGGAGGCUGAUGGCAUCAUCCUCUCUCGUGGAAAUCUUGGCAUUGACCUCCCACCUGAGAAGGUGUUCUUGUUUCAGAAGUCUGCUGUUUACAAAUGUAACAUGGCUGGAAAGCCUGCAGUGGUAACUCGUGUUGUUGAUAGCAUGACUGACAAUUUGAGGCCUACUCGUGCUGAGGCAACUGAUGUUGCUAAUGCUGUUUUGGAUGGAUGUGAUGCAAUUCUUCUUGGUGCUGAGACCUUGCGUGGGUUGUAUCCCGUAGAAACUAUUUCUACCGUUGGGAAAAUCUGUUCUGAGGCAGAGAAGGUCUUCAAUCAAGAUCAGUACUUCAAGAGGACUGUGAAGUUUGUUGGUGAACCAAUGAGCCAUUUGGAAUCUAUUGCUUCCUCUGCGGUCCGUGCAGCCCUUAAAGUGAAGGCAUCUGUCAUCAUAUGCUUUACAUCAUCUGGAAGAGCUGCAAGAUUGAUAGCGAAGUACAGGCCAACAAUGCCCGUGUUAUCUGUUGUCAUCCCUCGGCUAAAGACUAAUCAACUCAAGUGGAGUUUUAGUGGUGCAUUCGAGGCAAGGCAGUCACUUAUCGUACGAGGUCUUUUCCCUCUACUUGCUGAUCCUCGGCAUCCGGCUGGGUCCACAAACGCGACAAACGAGUCUGUUCUGAAGGUUGCACUUGAUCACGGGAAGGCCUCUGGAGUUAUCAAGUCCCAUGACCGAGUGGUCGUGUGCCAGAAGGUCGGAGAUGCUUCCGUGGUGAAGAUCAUCGAACUCGAAGAUUAAAACAAGUGAUGGAGCCAAACGUUUUUGGUGGGGAAGUUCGAGUGUGACAUGAAACCAGUAGACAUCACCCUUUUUGGAUGGAUAUAGAUUACAUUUACAUAUUAGCACCCUUUUUUGGCAAGAAUAUUGGGUGGGUGUAUUAUUUUACCGUGAUGUAAUUCUUGGAAAACUACUUUUUAUUACUGCUAUCAAACAAUGAGAGAUUGUGUUUGUUUUCCAUCUCUCGUGAGAAAAUAAUUGUCCAUUCACAAGUGGUAAAA